AUGGCAGUCCCGUUGCUCACCAAGAAGGUCGUGAAGAAGAGGUCUGCCAAGUUCAUCAGACCCCAGAGCGACCGCAGAAUCACCGUCAAGGAAAGCUGGAGGAGGCCAAAGGGUAUUGACUCGAGGGUCAGGAGAAAGUUCAAAGGUGUGACGUUGAUGCCCAAUGUCGGUUACGGAUCCGACAAGAAGACGCGUCACUAUCUUCCCAAUGGAUUCAAGAAGUUCGUUGUCCACAACACUAAAGAGCUCGAGAUCUUGAUGAUGCACAACAGGACAUACUGUGCCGAGAUUGCACACAACGUCUCUACCAGGUUGAGGAAGGCCAUUGUCGAGAGAGCUUCUCAGCUAGACAUUGUUGUCACCAACAGGCUUGCUAGGCUCCGUAGCCAAGAAGACGAGUAA